AUUUGAUGCAAAAACUUAAACACACAUUAGUUACUUUUAAAAUAUGUCCAUUUUGUAUGCGUGUAAUUGCUUUAAUGUGUUACAAGAACAUUAAAUUUGAAAUAAAAUUCAUAGAAAUGCAUAAUUAACCUGAAUGGUUUAUAAAAAUUAGUCCUUUAGCAAGAGUACCUAUAUUAAUGGUUGGAGAUGAUAGUAAAUAAUUUAUAAGUAUGUUAUUAAGUUGUUUUAUUUGAAUCUGAUGCAAUAAUGGAAUAUAUAGAUGAAAUAACCUCACCAUAGAUAAUGCCAUCUGAUCCAUUAUAAAAAGCGUUAGAUAGAGGAAAAUUCGAAUAUGCAAGUGAGAUUAUGAAAAACAUGUCUAUUUUUGUAUUUUCUUAAGAUGAGGAAGUAUUUAUAUGUGUAUAUGCAAAAAGAAAUUCUUUAAACAUAAGGAGUUGUUAAAAACAAAUUUUGAAUAAGUAGAAAAAUGGUUAGAGAAUAAAAAAUAUAUGAAUGGAGAUCAAAUAUCACUUGUUGACUUUUGCUUUAUUCCAGUAUUUGUUAAUUUAAGUAUUUUUAAACCUGUAAUAUAAAAUUGUGAUUUAACAAAAAAUUUACCAAAAGUAUAAAUAGAAAAUAUUUUAGUUUAAUAAAUAUGGAGAAACUCUUCUAUAACUUCCAUGUUCAAAAGCAGCAAGAGUACCAGAUUAUGAAUUACUUGUUGUUGAAGGAGUAAAAAAGAUAAAUAGUUACUUAUUUAGAUCAAAUCCAUGUUUUUUCAAAAGUAUUCAAUAAUCUAAUAAUUCAUGUUUAGGAAAAUGA